UCUUUUUUUUUUUUUUUUUGAGAUUUUUUAGUUAGUGAGAGUUACCACCACCUUUUUCUGUCCCACUUUGAGAUAAAGCAAAAGCAGAGAGAAAGCAGGAAAGAAAAAGAAAAACAUAAAAGAAAGAGAAGAAAGAGGAGGGAAAAAGUAAAGCAAUGAAGAAAGAAAAGAGAUUGAGAGAGAAGAAAGACAAAGGUUCUCAAAGCUCCAUGAUUUAAAUUGUCUUAACAAACAGGACUUGAGAUCCCUCUCUACUUAAUCCAGAAUAGCGAGUCCACUCGAACUUUGUCUGCAAAGACCCGGUUUGGGAGCUUCAAGAAAGGGAAAAGAAGGUGAAUUAAUCAAGAAAGAUAACGAAAGUGAAACAGUUUUCUUUAGGAAGGCAAUGAAUCGAGGUGUUUUGCAGAGCUCACCGCCGUUGCAGCAAAUAAUGGCCGGAAACCCUAACUGGUGGAACAUAAAUAACAUGAGGCCACCAACUCACCAACAAACAUCUCCCUUUCUGCCCCCGCCUAGUCUUUUCCCUCACUACACACCAUCUUCUUCUUCUUCUUCUUCUUCUUCUUCUUCGUCUUCCUCUUCUUCUUCCUCUUCUUCAUCUUCAUCUUCAUCUUCACUUACUAUUCCUUCUUGGCAUGAUAAUCAAGAUCAACUUCCAGAAUCAUGGAGCCAACUCCUUAUGGGUGGAUUGGUGGAUGAAGAUAAUAAGGGAAAUAUGAGAUAUUUUCAGGCUAAGAAGUUGGAAAAUUGGGAGGAGCAAAUGUUACAUCAUCAAGCUUCAAGUGCCUGUGCUGUUUUGGAUGUGAAGCAAGAAAACUCUGCAACCAGCUAUGUCUAUGGACAUGCAAAUGAAGAUUUCCAGGCAGCAAAACCUAGUUGGUCUCAAAUGAUUCCUCCUGCUUCUUCCCCCAAGUCCUGUGUUACAAGUUUCAGCAGUAAUAACAUGUUGGAUUUUUCUACCAACAAAGGAGAUGCCAGGCAUCCACCACCAGAUCGAUCCUCUGAGGGUAACAGCACUGCAACUGGUGGGGCACUUAAGAAAGCUAAGGUUCAACCUUCUUCAACCCAAUCCACCUUUAAGGUAAGGAAAGAGAAAUUGGGUGACAGAGUCACUGCCCUUCACCAGCUAGUUUCUCCAUUUGGGAAGACUGACACAGCCUCCGUAUUGCUAGAAGCCAUAGGGUACAUCAGAUUCCUUCAGAGCCAAAUUGAGGCUCUCAGCUUGCCGUACUUGGGCAGAGGAUCCUCAAAUAUGAGGCAGCAGCAGUAUCAACAAUCUGUUCAAGGCGAAAGGAAUUGUAUAUUUCCAGAGGACCCAGGUCAGUUGUUGAAUGAUAACUGCGUAAAGAGGAAAGGAGCUUCUGCUCAGCAGGACUACAAUGAAGAACCCACGAAGGACUUGAGGAGUAGAGGGUUGUGUCUGGUUCCUUUGUCGUGCACUCUGCAGGUUGGAAGCGAUAAUGGGGCAGACUACUGGGCUCCUGCUCUCGGCGGCGGGUUCGGAUAGGAGUUGUAUUCCGGUGGAUGAUAGCAUGCAAGAGCUUCAUCAAACGAUAUAACAUCAUGAGCAGUCACUCUGCUAAAAUCUAAGGCUGAUUGCUCAUGAUGCUAUACAAUCUAGCUAGCUACAAGUGUGUGCUCUAGUUUGGACUUUGCAACUCCAAAAUUAAUUCUCUCUCUAAUUUAAGAUUAAACUUAUCUUUGUUCUUCCUUAAUUAAGCAGCUGCUAGUAAUUAAUAUGUUGCUUUUCAUGUAUAUGCAAUUCUAGUAUGAUUAAUCAUUUUAAUGCUCUGCUCCGGAAGCAGCAUUCUUGGAA